GAGAGAAAUACUUCCACCCACCUAACAGGGAGACACACUCAUAAACAGCGGAGACACAGAGAGGGACUCAGAACUGCUGGAGGAGCACAGAGAGAGCACAAGGUGUCAGAGAGAGAGAGAGAGGAACACUUGACUUGAACACUAGAACACUUGAGUGGCUUCACUAACAUAAGUAUUAUACUAACACAGACACACACAGUGAACCUUGAAACACAGACACACAUAGUGUACCUUAACACAGAAACACACACAAUGUGCCUUCAUUAAGGAGAAGUCUCACACUGACACACACUGAGUGACUAGCCUACACCUGAGAGCAGAGAUAUUUUACUUCAGAAAGAGGAGUCUUACACACAGACACUCUCUCUCACUCAUACAGUACCUGUGCCCAUCCUGAGAAGGGAUAUUGAACCCCAGAGAGAAGUGAGGAGGAAGGUGAAGGGGAGUGGAUGGAUGCCUUUUGUGAACUCAGUGGCCUGGAUCCUCUAUGGGACUGGAAUCGAACGUGGUACACGGACAAACCGGACCUGACCGAGUGCUUCCAGAACACGGUGCUGGUCUGGUUCCCGUGCGUCUACCUCUGGCUGUUGGCGCCCUUCUACGCCCUCAAACUCUACUGCCAUGACUGUGGAUGCAUCCGAAUCUCCACUCUCUGCACUGCCAAGACGGUGCUGGGGUUCCUCCUGGCCUCAUUUGGCUUCGUGGAGUUCUUCUACAUUCUUCUGGAGAGGAGUCAUGAGAUCCAAAACCACAUGGUCUUCCUCCUCAGUCCCAUCAUACGCAGCUUGACUGUGGUCCUGGCCAUAUGCAUCAUCCAGUUGGAGAGGAUACGAGGCUGUCGUUCCUCUGUCUUCCUCUUCCUGUUCUGGGUCCUGGUGGUGGUGUGUUCCCUGGUGCCCCUACGGGCAAAGAUCCAGCUGGCUAUGUACGAGGGUAUCACCACCGAUAUUGUGAGAUACACAGCAUUUUUCUCCUACUUCUCACUCCAACUGGCCCAGCUCUUCCUGUGUUGUUUCGCUGACCAGCCUCCAGAGGGAAAAACCGUCCUCGUCAAAAACCCAUGUCCAGUCAAGGAUGCCUCUUUCCUGUCGAAGAUGCUCUUCUGGUGGUUUACUGGGCUGGUGGUUAAAGGUUAUCGUACCCCUCUGGAAGCUGGAGACCUGUGGAACCUGAGGGAAGAGGACACAUCGGACAAGAUCCUCUCUGAUCUGGAGGAGGAGUGGACAACAGAAUGUGCCAAACUGCAACAGCAGGAGAAAACCAUGGUGGCAGCCGUGGCGCUGGGCACCAGACUGCCCGACCAGGCCCAGAUACUCAGGAAGCUGCAGAAGGAGCAGAGCUCCGGCUUCUGCCUGCUGAGGACACUGGCCAGGAACUUGGGACCUUACUUCCUUACUGGGACGAUGUGCAUCAUCUUCCACGACUUCUUUAUGUUUGCCAUCCCUCAGGUGCUCAGUCUUCUUCUGGGCUUCAUGAACGAAGAAGACGCCCCCCUGUGGAAGGGCUACUUCUACGCUACCCUGAUGUUCCUGCUGUCCUGUCUCCAGUCCCUGUUCAACCACCAGUACAUGUACACCUGCUUCACCGUGGGCAUGAGAGUGAAGACAGCCGUGAUGGGACUGGUCUACAGAAAGUCUUUGGUGAUCAACAGCGCAUCCAGGAGGACGUGCACAGUGGGGGAGAUCGUCAACCUGGUAUCAGCCGACACUCAGAAGCUCAUGGACUUUGUGGUUUACUUCAACGCAGUGUGGCUGGCUCCUAUCGAGAUCGCCCUCUGCCUCUUCUUCCUCUGGCAGCACCUAGGCCCAUCUGCGCUAGCCGGAAUUGCCACCGUCAUCCUCAUCUUCCCACUCAAUGGAUUCAUCGCCAAGAAAAGGAGCAAACUGCAGGAGGUACAGAUGAAGUUUAUGGAUGGGCGAAUCAAGCUGAUGAACGAGAUCCUGAACGGGAUCAAGAUCCUGAAGUUCUAUGCAUGGGAGAAGGCCUUUCUGGAGCAGGUCCUGGGAUACAGGGAGAAAGAACUGAAGGCCCUGAAGAAGUCCCAGAUCCUCUACUCCAUCUCCAUCGCCUCCUUCAACUCAUCCACUUUCCUGAUUGCCUUUGCCAUGUUUGGUGUCUAUGUGCUGAUUGAUGACAAGAACGUCCUAGAUGCCCAGAAGGUCUUUGUCUCCAUGGCUCUCAUCAACAUUCUGAAAACCCCACUGAGCCAGCUACCCUUUGCCAUGAGCACUACCAUGCAGGCCAUUGUCUCGCUGAAGCGCUUAGGGAAAUACCUGUGUUCUGAGGAGCUGAAAGACGACAAUGUAGCCAAGGCCCCUUUGAGUACCGAUGGGGAAGGUGUGUUGAUAGACAAUGGAACGUUCAGUUGGACUAAAGAAGGUCCUCCAUGCCUUAAAAGGAUUAAUGUGCGUGUACCCCAGGGUUCACUGGUGGCGGUGGUGGGCCAUGUGGGUAGCGGGAAGUCCUCCCUGCUGUCUGCCAUGCUUGGAGAGACAGAGAAGAGGAGCGGCAGUGUGUCAAUUAAGGGCUCAGUGGCUUAUGUACCUCAGCAGGCCUGGAUCCAGAAUGCCACGGUUCAGGACAAUGUUAUGUUUGGUCGUGAGAAGCAGAAGACCUGGUACCAGCGGGUGUUGGACGCCUGUGCUCUGCUGCCUGACCUGGAGAUCCUGCCUGCUGGAGACUCCACAGAGAUUGGGGAGAAGGGUCUGAACCUCUCGGGUGGUCAGAAGCAGAGGGUGAGCCUGGCAAGGGCUGUGUACAGGAAGGCUGACGUCUAUCUGCUGGAUGACCCCCUGUCUGCUGUGGAUGCUCAUGUGGGGCAACACAUCUUCGACAAAGUCAUCGGACCCAAGGGUGUGCUAAGAGAUAAGACCCGUGUCCUAGUAACCCAUGGGAUGAGCUUCCUGCCCCAGGCGGACCUCAUCCUGGUGCUGGUGGACGGGGAGAUCACAGAGAGUGGCUCCUACCAGGAGUUGCUGAGCCGCCAUGGGGCCUUUGCAGACUUCAUCCAUACCUUCGCCAGCAACGACCGUAAAGAGAGUGUCACAGAGACCGCCGCACAGAGGGGUGCCAGGAGGGCCAGCUCACGGCUGAGUGUUACAGACUUCAUGCCAUUCUCAAGAGAUCUAUCCCAAGAGCAGCUCAUUGGGGGAGACACCAACAGUAAUAACCUGCAGGGUAUGGAGCCCAUGUCUGAGAUAGACGAGGAGCAGGUUCCUGAGGACCUGGGAAAGCUGAUGGAGGUUGACAAGGCGCGCACUGGGAGGGUGAGGCUGGAGAUGUACAUGGAGUACUUCAAGACCAUCGGCAUGGCCUUCAUCAUCCCCAUCGUCUUCCUGUACGCCUUCCAACAGGGGGCCUCGCUGGCCUACAACUACUGGCUGAGCCUGUGGGCCGACGAACCCAUCGUCAACGGCACCCAGGUCGACACGGACAUGAAGCUGGCCGUCUACGGGGCUCUGGGCUUCGCACAAGGAAUCGCUAUUUUCGGCACCACGGUGGCUAUUUCGGUCGGAGGUAUCAUCGCGUCCCGGCACCUCCACAUGGACCUCCUGAAGAACGUUCUCCACUCCCCCAUGUCUUUCUUUGAGACCACCCCCAGUGGGAACCUCCUGAACCGUUUUGCCAAGGAGAUCGACGCUAUCGACUGCAUGAUCCCCGACGGCCUCAAGAUGAUGCUGGGCUACCUCUUCAAGCUGAUGGAAGUCUGUAUCAUCGUCAUGCUGGCUACACCUUUUGCGGCGGUCGUCAUCCUGCCCCUCGCCAUUCUCUAUGCCUUCGUUCAGAGUUUCUACGUGGCCACUUCCUGCCAGCUGCGGAGGCUGGAGUCGGUGAGCCGCUCGCCCAUCUACACCCACUUCAACGAGACGGUGCAGGGAGCCAGUGUCAUACGGGCCUUCGGAGAACAGCACCGCUUCAUUGUGCAGGCUAACAAGAGGGUCGACUUCAACCAGACCUCCUACUUUCCCCGCUUUGUGGCCACCAGGUGGUUGGCAGUUAAUCUUGAGUUUGUCGGUAACGGUGUGGUUUUAGCCGCAGCUAUUCUCUCAGUGAUGGGGAAAGACACCCUGAGCCCUGGCAUUGUUGGUUUGGCUGUGUCACACUCCCUCCAGGUGACUGGCAUUCUGAGCUGGAUUGUGAGAUCAUGGACAGACGUAGAGAACAACAUUGUGUCUGUUGAGAGGGUGAAGGAGUAUGCUGACACUACAAAAGAGGCUGUGUGGACCGUGGAGGGCAGUUCCCUGCCUCUGGCCUGGCCUCAGACUGGCACUAUAGAGUUCCAAGACUAUGGACUGCAGUACCGCAAGGGCCUGGACUGGGCACUGAAAGGCAUCACCCUGAAAAUCCAGGAGAGAGAAAAGGUUGGCAUUGUGGGCAGAACCGGAGCUGGAAAGUCUUCCCUUGCUCUGGGGAUAUUCAGAAUCCUAGAGGCAGCCAAGGGAGCGAUCUACAUCGAUGGAGUCAACAUCGCAGAGAUCGGACUCCACGAUCUCAGAUCCCGCAUUACCAUCAUCCCACAGGACCCUGUGUUGUUCUCCGGCUCUCUGCGUAUGAACCUUGACCCCUUUGACACGUAUACUGACGAGGAAAUAUGGAGUUCGCUAGAGCUUGCUCACCUCAAGAACUUUGUGUCCAACCUGCCUGACAAACUGAAUUAUGAGUGCUCGGAGGGAGGAGAGAACCUCAGUCUGGGUCAGCGCCAGCUGGUCUGCCUGGCCCGCGCUCUCCUCCGUAAGACCAAGAUCCUGGUUCUGGACGAGGCCACGGCCGCUGUGGACCUGGAGACAGACACCCUGAUCCAGUCCACCAUCAGACAACAGUUUGAGGAUUGCACCGUGCUCACCAUCGCCCACCGCCUCAACACCAUCAUGGACUAUACCAGAGUGAUAGUGAUGGACAAAGGCCACAUCUCGGAGAUGGACUCCCCAACCAACCUCAUCUCAAACAGGGGACAGUUCUACCGUAUGUGCCGAGAGGCUGGGCUAGUCUAAAAGCUACUCAGCUCCGAGGUGGCUCUAUCCAGGGGAAAAUUCUGAUGGCCCUGGCUCUUCCAAACCACACAUGGAGAAUCGGCCAUUCCUAGCUCCACGAUCCAGGCAGUUCAAACUCUUCCUGAGAGCAAUGCUUUUAGAACGACCCGGAACUGAAGUCGAUGUAAACCAAAGACAACCCAGAAGCGAAGCUGAUGACGAUUUAGUGAACAGUAUGUGCUCUCUGGUCACGAUAAAGACAUGUAACCUACGCACACUCAAACUGGUGCUCGGAAGGGGAGAGAGACAUCAAGCCCUGAUCUCAAAGACUGUAAUUUAUGAAGCUAUUAUUGGACGCAGAUGGGUUGUUGCUAGGCAAACAUUUUAAAUAUUGUAUAUAGGCUGUGCCAAUGAAACUUAUGGAGAUGAAAGUCAGAUUGAGUGCAAAAUCCAAAGGACUUUGGUUCCGUCUCUGAAUGUGAACCAAAUUAUUUUUGUAGAUCUGCUACAUUUAAUGAAGCAUCUUUUUGAAGAACACCUGGGUACCUUUGAUGUUGAGUUGAAAUCUCAGCCAACCAAAUCCAACUAUUUUGUUCAUAUCAGUGAUGGUAACUAACAUUUGGUUCUUCCUCCAACAGAACCCCAUGUUAUCAUCUCAUCAGACAGGAAAAAAACAGUUUAUAAUGAAUUCAUAUCUAUUCUCAUACCAUCCAACCACAGGGUAAGUCUAGAGAAAGUGGAGCAAUAUUCUCUGACUGAACACUAGCCUUAAAGGGCUGACCCUGUAAAACCCAGAAAACACAAAGCUUUUCACAGUCAUCAAUCUAAAAUUGAACCCUAUUCCACAGAAUAUAGUGCACUUUCUUAGGUUUUGUACUAUAUAGGGAAUAGGGUGCCAUUUCAGACGCACUCAGUCUGAUUCCUACCCAGCCAUUUCAGUGUUUUAUGAGUCUGGUCAAGAAAACACUGCAGUGAGCCAAGGUGCUUAGCUAGCCUAGCGUCCAACUGUUCUGCGGUAUUUCUUUAUUUCAGUCUUAGUAAACACAAAACGGACAAUAGCAUCUGUAUGGUUGGGUAUGUAGGCCUUAAAAACCUGGACGUUCAACUGUUACAGUGGUGACGGGAAACCCGACAGGAAUGAAGAGAACGCCUUUUCAAAACAAUGGACCAAAUGUGUUUUAAAAAAAGUGUUUCUCCACUUUACAUCUGCCAGUCGUUCCAUCUACACACAGACACGCGUGCAUGAACACACACACCCUAAUUCUCAAAGCUAUGGAUGUGACACAUGUGCAAGCACGCACACAGACCACCGAAUUCUCAAAGGUAUGGGUGACAUAUUGAGGUAACAGACUCAUCAUAUACCAUUCAAUGUCAGUGUUAUUGUUGUUAUUCCUUUGGUUCCAGUUAUGACUGGCUGUAAAUAGACAUUCCUUCCUGUUUAUAUCUAUAACAUGGACUUUUCCAAAAGAAGGAGGAUCUUAAUAUUUUUGUCUUACUGGUUUAGACAAUAUGCUAAGAAGAAACUACAAUAUUUGUGAUAUAAUGAACAUGUAAGUUGCCUUAAAAUUCUAAGAGAUUGUAUUAUAUUUAUACUUUUUGUAUUCAAUCUGUUCAUUUUUUGAUUGAAAAUUUUACUGUGCAAUAAUUCAUGCUGGAAAUAAUAAAACUGUUUUGAAAAUAA